UUUUGGGUGUUUUGAACAAUUUAAUACUCCGUUGAUUUGGAUGAUGUUUCUAAUUUAAAUUAUCCAAUAGUGUGUCGUCCCCUUUUCUUCCAAUCACCCCGGCGAUUCUUUGCCCGUCUUCUCCGAUCAUUGCCCGCUUCCUCUAUUCUGCCAGCUUCAUCCAUCAACAAUGGAGAAAUUCAACUUCCGAACCCAUGUCCUAGCCAGACACCUAACCCCAGAAGACCCAAAUCUCGACGACCCUCUAAUCCUCCUCCAAUCCUCGCCCUGCAUCAGCUACUCGCCGCCGGAGCUGUCGGAACCUGCGGCCGCAUUCGAUGUGUUCGAGAUGCGGAAGUUGAUGGACGAAAGCAACCUGGAGGAGAGGGACUGGCUGUACGGCCUCAUGAUACAGAGUAAGCUGUUCAACCCAAGGCCAAGAGGGGGUAAAGUGUUUGUAUACCCGGAUUUUAAUCAGACCAUGGAACAGCAGAGAGAGAUCACCAUGAAGAGGAUCGAGUACCUCUCUGGGUGUGGUGUGUUUCGGGGAUGGCUCACCGGAAAAGGGCCGGAAGCUGAGCUGAGGAAGCUUGCUCUUUUGGAUGUUGUUGGGAUUUUUGACCACUCUUUGUCCAUAAAGAUUGGCGUUCAUUUCUUUCUCUGGGGUGGAGCAAUCCAAUUUUUUGGUACAAAGCGGCACCAUGAUAAGUGGUUGAAGGAUACUGAAGAUUAUGUGGUGAAAGGCUGCUUUUCGAUGACCGAGUUAGGGCAUGGAAGUAAUGUUCGAGGGAUUGAAACAGUUGCAACUUAUGACUCAAACACUGAAGAGUUUGUCAUUAACACUCCAUGCGAGUCAGCUCAAAAGUAUUGGAUUGGUGGAGCAGCAAAUCAUGCAACUCAUACAAUAGUUUUCUCCCAACUUAUUAUUGAUGGGAAAAAUGAAGGGGUCCAUGCAUUUAUCGCUCAGAUCAGGGAUGAAAAUGGAAACAUCUGCCCCAACAUUCGUAUAGCUGAUUGUGGCCAUAAGAUUGGUUUGAAUGGGGUCGACAAUGGUCGUAUCUGGUUUGACAAUGUUCGGGUACCCAGAGAAAACUUGCUAAACUCAGCAGCUGAUGUGUCUCCUGAUGGGAAGUAUCUUACUGCAAUUAAGGACCCAGAUCAGCGGUUUGCAGCAUUCAUGGCCCCUUUGACAUUCGGGCGUGUGACCAUUGCAGUUAGUGCUACUUAUUCAGCGAAGGUUGCCUUAGCAAUUGCCAUAAGUUACUCGUUAACAAGGAGAGCAUUUUCCAUUACACCAAAUGGACCUGAAGUUCUUUUGCUUGAUUAUCCAAGUCAUCAAAGACGGCUUUUGCCUCUCCUUGCAAAGACGUAUGCCAUGAGCUUUGCUGCUAACUCUUUGAAGAUGCUGUAUGUGAAGAGGACGCCUCAAAUGAACAAAACUAUACAUGUUGUUUCCAGUGCUUUUAAAGCUUCCUUAAGCUGGCAUAACAUGAAAACUCUUCAGGAAUGCCGAGAAGCAUGCGGAGGUCAAGGUUUGAAGACUGAAAAUCGUAUUGGUCAGUCAAAAGGGGAAUACGAUGUUCAGUCGACGUUUGAAGGUGAUAACAAUGUUCUAAUGCAGCAGGUUAGCAAGGCACUACUUGCUGAAUAUGUGGCCGCUAAAAGAACGAAUAAGCCAUUCAAAGGAUUGGGAUUGGAGCACAUGAAUGAAACCUCUCCUGUUAUACCUUUGCAGCUUACUAGUGAUUCCCUAAGGAGUACCCGUUUCCAGAGUGACAUACUCUGCCUACGGGAGAGGGACCUUUUGAAUCGCUUUGCUGCUGAAAUCUCACUCAGCCAAUCACAAGGGCAGAGUAAAGAACAUGCCUUUGCCGUGAAUCAUUUGCUUGCCGAAGACUUGGGCAAAGCCUAUGCAGACCGUGCAAUUUUCCAAACUUUUGUAGAGGCCGAGGCGUCUGUAACAUCCAUUCCCCUUAAGACUUUGCUUGGUCUCGUAAGAUCAAUGUACGUUCUCUUCACAUUGGAUGAAGACGCGGCAUUCUUACGGUAUGGAUACUUAUCCACAGAGAAUUCUAGUACCAUCCGGAAGGAAGUUGGUAAGCUCUGCACAGAACUUAGACCACAUGCCCUUGCCUUGGUCCGUUCCUUCGGCAUACCCGAUGCUUUCUUGAGUCCUAUAGCUUUCAAUUGGAUAGAUGCAAAUGCUUGGGCUUCCGUUUAGGAAUGGGCAUAUAAUCUGUGGUUUUCUCUCUUCUUCAGCAAACAAAACGUGGAGAAGUUUUAAUGAUCAAAAGGAUGAACUAUAAACUGUAGUAUUUCUUCUGUCCCUGAAUAAUCAUUGUAGGUUUUUGGGUACACGAAUAAAGUUCAUAGCUUGAAUUUUAAUGAAAAUAUUGUACUCUCCCGUCCGAAAAUGUUCUUCACAUUUGACUUUUCUUGAUCAAAGUUUGUAAACUUUGACUUCGAUUUGUGGAAAAAAUACAUUGUAUUAUG